GUAAAGGUUAAUCGUUCUGCUCGAACCACUGGGUUAGGUGCCUUCUUGAUGCCUGAUUGAGUCAGCAUUUCCGCAUGUGUGACGUUGACGCACAAUGUGCCUGUCUGUGUUGACAGUUGACUAGCUCGAGAAGCUGAAGAGCAAGAGCAUUUCUCGUCUGGACAGCUCGCCGACUCCCAAUCACCACACAAAUCAAGUAUGGGAUAAAUGCUGUUGUCGCGUCCCUUUCUCGGAUCGCCGUCAAGUAGUUUGUUUUAUCUGUAAGACCUGAAUGUUGCGGAAUUGUGUGGCACGGUUUCACCGCCUGUCACCGUGGGUCCAUCGCACUUUGUUCGGAAGAUACUACACGAAAAUGGACAUAGCGGUGGUAAGAAGUGUCCCCUCGGAGCCCAAGCUAACUAUUUCAUUCACGCUUGACGGGAGCCACAAACACAUGCUGAGAGACCAACACGAAGAUUUGGGUAAAGUGUUGGCAAGAAUAUCAAAUGGCAUCAUCAAGUCGAAAGGCAAGGCGAAAAAGUCAAAGAAGAACCAACGCGAUGAUGACCCGAACAACUCAGCUGUCGAGCCCAUUGUGAGACUGCAUCACAACGGGGAUUAUGUAGCUAAUGAAGUGCCAAACAUAGAUGCUUGGCAAGACGGAGCCGUGUUGCACAUUGGUGAAGUUCGUUACAGAGUCGAAAGAAACCCUCCGGUGUUUACCAUUGCCGAGCUGCCUCUCACCCUAAUGGCGGGAUUCCCAAUCUGCCCCAAAUUAGAAAUAGAAUUCGGGGACUUUCAACACUGCACAUUCGGAUGGUAUAAACAACAAAGUUUGGCCAAUGAUAAAGACAGAUGGGUCGAAGCAGGCACAGAACGUGUUUUCACCCCCUCCAACGCCGACAUCGGUUUAAAGGUGAAGUUCAAGUGCACGCCUGGAAACGCCACAAAACUUGGCACGCCAAAAGAAUUGAUGUCAAAUAAUAGCAUUGAAGCAGGACCAGGAGCUUGCACCUUUGACAAUCGGCACCCUUAUACGCAAAAAGUCACAGAUGAUUCAACUUUGAGAGUCGUGUCAUACAACAUCCUAGCGGACACCUAUGCGCAGACAGACUUCUCCAAAACAGUGCUGUAUCCCUACUGCGCCCCCUAUGCACUGGGUAUUGACUACAGACAAAAUCUCAUUAAAAAAGAACUGGUCGGAUAUAACGCAGACAUCAUUUGCCUCCAGGAGGUCGACAAGGGGGUUUUCAAUGAUAGCCUGUCCCCUGCAUUGGACUUUUUUGGGAUGCAAGGAGUUUUUCGAAUCAAAGAGAAGCAGCACGAGGGACUUGCGACAUACUUUAGGAAGUCAAAAGUAGAGCUGCUGAGUCAACAUGAUAUUCCACUAAGCGAGGCUUUGAAAAAUGACUCUGUUCACUUGGCCGUGCUGGAUAGCUUGUCCAAGAACACAACUUUGAGUGAGAAGGUCAUGCAGAGAUCCACUACUUUGCAGGUCACUGUUUUGCAACCGGUGGGCAGUGCAUCAAAGCCAAUAUGUGUUGCGAACACUCACCUGUACUGGCAUCCAAAAGGAGGAAACAUCAGGCUGAUCCAGAUUGCCGUUGCCCUGCAACACUUGAAGCAGGUGGUGUCCGUUGAACAUCCCGGCGCGUCUCUCCUGUUCUUCGGUGACUUCAACAGCAUCCCGGGCUCCGGAGUCCUGCAGCUCUUGACCGAGGGCUGCGUCUCCGCCACACACCCCGACUGGAGCUCCGGAGGGCCCGAGGAGCACUGCCCCAUGGAGCUCCUCAACCCCUUUAAGCUCCAGAGUGCCUGUGGAGAGCCGCUGUACACCAAUUACGUGGGCGGCUUCCAGGGAUGUUUGGACUACAUUCUCAUGGAACCAGACGUGUUGGCCGUGGACCAGGUGAUUCCCAUGCCGAGCCACGAGGAGGUGACCACCCACUAUGCCCUGCCUAGUGUUUCUCAUCCCUCAGACCACGUGGCCUUGAUAUGUGACCUGAAAUGGAAAUAAACAGUGGCAGAACAAUUGCACACAGGGACCCAGGGCGGCUCCCCCAUAUCGCCUGACAAGCAGGGCCCCCACCACCGAUACAGAAGGGCCCUGGGGCAAAUGCCCUGCUCCCCCCGCUCAUGGAAAUGAACUCCUGCUGCAAAGACAGGCGUGUGUGAAUUCACAUUUGAUGAAUUUCUGUGCUCCACUUAACAGAUAUGUCUCUUUUAAAUCUGAGAAAAACUUAAGUCUGAUAUACACAAAAAUCUGAAUAAAACAAAAGAUCUGUGUCACUAUA